AUGACUGGUCAUCACUUGUGUAUAAUUGUUGGCGCUAAUAGGGGUUUUGGUAGAGAGAUAGCCCUAACAUAUGCAUCAACCGUAGCUGCCCAAAAAAAUGUCAAAUUGUCAUUUGUAUUAAUUGGUAGAAAUCUGGAUCAGUUGCGAUCAACCGCUCAGAGUAUUGAAAAUGACGACGUGCAUGUGUCAACUAUUGCUAAUUUCGAUCUUGGAGACAUCGACAAUCUAGAUGAGAAUAUCGGAGCAGUAUCCAGUGCGAUUGAGAAAUUGAUAAAAUCCAACACAUUCACAAAAUCCAUUCUGAUAAAUAAUGCCGGAACUCUUGGAGAUCUAUCAGUUACUGUGAAAGAUUACAAUUGGAAGGAAGCAAAAAGACACUUGGAUGUCAACGUGACAUCGUUUGUUGCGUUGUGUUCCAUGUUUCUCAAAUUGAUUCCGGUAUCGUCAACCAACCAGAGAGUCAUAGUCAACAUCUCUUCCUUGUACGCCACUAGACCUUGUGCUUAUUGGGGAACUUAUUGCAUGACGAAAGCGGCAAGAGACCAGCUUAUCGGAGUGAUCGCACUCGAAGAGGAUGGCAAUAAUACAAAAACACUCAACUACGCGCCUGGUCCAUUAGAUAAUGAAAUGCAAGCUCUCGUGCGCAAUACAAUCGGAGAUGAUGACCAAAGGAGGCAGCUUCUGGAGGGGUUCGAAAAGGGUCAAUUGGUGAACAUGUCUGAUUCAGCCAAAAAGCUUGUCAACCUUAUUCUCAGCGAUUCGUACAAGUCCGGAUCACAUGUUGAUUUCUAUGACAUUUAA